AUGACAAUGUUAACAAAAAGCUACCAAAUUACUCCAAGAAAUAGAAAAUGGGUGAUGUUAUUAGCUCUUUGUGGGCUAUCAAGUUAUGGUAUGUAUAAAGUUUAUAACUUGCCCUGUGUCUCCAGAAAGAGGAAAAGAUUUGCUAAGUUGUUAGGAAGUCUUAUUGUGAUUACAGAAAUGAUAUCUGAUUCCACAGACAUUUUAAGUGUAGUUUCUAGGGACUUGAAGACAUUUCUAACAUCUGAUCAAGACCAGAUUCCUAAUAGUAUGAAGCAGUUAACGAAAAUUGCGGUCUCAAAUGAGUUUUCUAGCUCAUUGAGUCGGGUUUUUGAGGGUGCAACAUUGGGAGUUGUUAAGGGUAGUUUUGAAAUAGAGAAAGAUAAUAAGGAAGUGGCAGAGACAUCAAGAUUAAAAGAUAAUGUUAUAGAGAAACUGAUGUCUCAAUCUGGCACUGGAUUUGUUUCUGUUGUUGUUGGUAGUUUUGCGCGUAAUUUAGUGUUGGGGUUUUAUUCGAGUGGGAAAUGUGAGUCGGGUUCUAAAUUAGCAACAUAUUUGGAUGAAUGGGUUGGUGUUUUGAGUACAGAGAAGACUAAAGUGGUCAUUGGUGAUUUGAUCAAGACAAUUGUGAGCACUGUUGUGGCUGUUUAUCUUGAUAGACCGACGAGUAUGAACGUUUAUGACAAUAUUUUAUCCGGGUUGGCUGAUUCUAAGUAUCAAAAACGCAUUAAGGACGUUUUGGUUUAUGUCUCUAAUGGAGCUGUCGAGACUUUUAUUAAAACAUCUCAUCAAGUUCUUACAUCAUGAUUGUUUUGUUGUUAACUUGUUAUACUUGAAAUUAAAUGAUUUUCUUGUCGUACAUUAUGCUUGAAG